UAGCUUUUUUAGUUAGUGCUGGCAUACCUCCCCGCGACAACUGGCGGCCUGCACAAUCGAAUUGUAUUGUCGUAGAGGGUGGUACAUGGUAGUGAUUUCAACUCAGUCUGGCUCAUCAAAGAAGGAACUAUUUGAUUGGAGGCUUCUCCGAGUUGUUUGUCGCGGCGAAGAAAGAGUAAUCGCUGCGGAAGCUGAGUUUGUCGAACAUGAAGCUGUACAUAACCAUAGUGCUGUGUGGCCUGCUUGCGGCCAGUGCCAACGCCGCCAUCAAGAGCUGGAAGGGACCAGACAACAGCUACACCAAUACAGUCAAUUGGCUCGGUGGCUCACUACCCUGCUCUGCCGACAAUGCCACGUUUGCACCAGUCUGGUCACCCAGCACUGUGUUCAUUCAGAACAGCAUCAACAUCAACAACCUGAUAUUGCCAGAGGAUGGCACAUUAACGUUCGCCGACACCAUGAACAUUGGACUGGGUGGACAGCCAACGUUCGGGUGCAGAGGAGGCAGCGCUGUUUUUCAGGGCCAGGCACCAGGCAACUGGGAUGACCCGACCAACUGGAACACUCUCGAUAGCGUCACAAAUGCUGUACUGCCAACAACCAAGAUCCCGCCGGCCGACCGUCUGCCGUGUAACACUGACUCCGUGCGAUUCCCAGCGAGCCGCCCAGUGAAUGUACACCUUAACCGCCCCGUCACAGUCAAUCAGUUCGUUGUCAAUAACCAGCCUUUAGCUCAGGCUGCACUGAAGACAUUCCUCUCAAGUCCGUCCGGCAUGGGCCAGUUCCACGUGCCUUCAUCUAAUGCCAUCACAUUGGGUCCUGGCUGUGCAGCGGGAUCUCUGUGUCAAUGCGGUACCUCUACGCCGGAUAUUGUGCGUACAGCCUGCUGUUUGUCCAAAACAAGCUGCCCUGACAAUUCAGGGUGCAGGGGACCUGUAACGCUGCAAGGAGAUUGCUGUGCUGUGUGCGGUGGAAUACUGACUAUCACCACCACCUACUUUGAUCAAUCAAGAUUCGUCAAUGCAAUUACGGCACGAGUCACAACAAUGACGUUCAAGUAUCACAUCAUUGAUGCAUCCCAUAUACAAGUACUGGUGGUUGGGAACCAGGGUUUCACCAAGGUGAAUCAGCUGAGAACAGCCAUUAGCCAAGGACCGAGUACAUUUGGACUUCCUUCAAAUCCAACAAUGGUAACUAGUGGGUCGAUUGUUGAUACCAAAACUGUGCCAGUUCCUGGUGCCACUACUGCACGACCUCCUGCUGCCACUACUGCACGAGCUCCUGUCACUCCUGCACCAGGUCCUAUCACGACCGUACCAGAAGCACCCACCACACAAGAGGUCGUGCCGAGCAAAUGCAUUCAAAUCGUUCCAGUCACAGAGGACGGGGCUGAAGUUACUGGCACCAACGGUCAAAUUCUCACGGAGAUACGGACGGUAGUGAUUGAACCGAACCGAAACGAUGCUCAGGCUGGAGACACAAAAACGGACAGCACUCCAUGGGUCAUCGUGGGUGUGUUUGGUGCCCUGCUAGUCAUUGCCCUGAUUGUCAUCAUCGUUCUUGUGCUACGUGGCAGAAAACAAAACGCACCUCCACCGGUUCACCAUGGUAGUCCAGUGCAGUAUGUCCAUAAUCCGGAAACGGGAGCAUCCAAGGCGACGACUGGUGGACGGGUCAAAUUGGGGCAGAACUUUGCUCAACCUCCAGAGGAACCGAAUGUCUACGAGGUCAACAGCGAUGUAACCAGUCCAAUGUACACCCAGGAUACUGCUCCAAGGAUGCCGAGCCGGCAGGUCCAUAGCGGUGCAACCAAUCCAAUGUACUCUCACGACACUGCACCGAAACUGCCCCCGAGCCGUCAGGUCCAGGGCGGUGCAAGCAAACCAAUCUAUACUCACGAUACUGCUCCGAGAGUGCCCAGCCGUAACAUACGCCACUCCAGGCCGACUGGCACAAUUCAGUGAUAUGUCGCAUCAUGCUGCACUGUUGACCAUCCAUAUCAACUGUGAAGUGUUGAAAUGGUCAGAGCCAAUCAUUUUUCUCUGCUCUGAUAGCAUACUGGAUGACUCUCAGUUAUCGGUGAAUGAGUUUGCUUCAUUCUCUUUUUGUACUCUCAUCUUUUCAAUUUGGUGUACUUUGCUACACAUUGUCUUGUCUAGCUCUCGCUCAUGAUGGAUUUGCUUUGACCAAAUCUUCUUGGAAGUAUGUGUGACCAUCUAACCAAUCGCAAUCCAAAAACCUAUUAAUAAUACAAGUCUACUCUUCAAGAAA